AUGAUGCCAGGGGGAGGUGCCCCAAUGCCGGGUGGCAUGCCAGGCGGUGCUCCAGCCACUGGGAGCUCAGGUAUGCCAAUGCCCAUGAUGGGCAUGAGCCCCGGCAUGCCCAUGGGAAUGAACAACAUGGGCAUGAGCCCCGGCAUGAGUGGCAUGGGAAUGCCCAUGGGCAUGCCGAUGAUGGGCGGCAUGGGUGGCAUGGGAAUGAAUGCCAUGGGCAUGCCCAUGAUGCAAAUGAACCCUAUGGCCAUGAUGAGCAUGGCUGCAAUGAUGAACAACAUGAUGGAACCACAGGAAGAGAAGACGGUCGAGCCACCACCGGAUCCUAUCGAUUCGCGGGUCAGAGACAUUUGCCGGCACUUCGGCAUCGAGGAGAAGAUCUGCGAGAAGCUUAAUAAGGCCAUGAAGACACGUGAAGACUUUGACGAAGACAUGCAGGUUUUGUGGCACAUCAUGGAAAGGGGUGCCCAGAACAACAAGAAAGCAGUGGACGUGAUGCUUGUUAAGAUCCGGGAGCUUAAUAAUGGCACAUUCAUCGGCAAGGACCUGCUGGAUCCGGAGAUUAAGGACUUCGCUAGCAAGUACAACCUUGACGACCAGCUCCUCCACCGUCUGAUCAAGACCAUGAAGAAGCGAAAGCACCACAAGAGCCAGGACCUCAAGGAUAUGGACGAGCGCAUCGGCAAUGCCAAGCAUCCAUCGGGGCUCCUAGUUCGGAUGUUGGAGGGCCUGGAGGAGAACGGCAAGAUGCCCCCGGCCCCUGGCUGGCUCACGCAGAGCCAGCCUGGCCGCAGAGAACCCGCCGAGAAAACCCGUGCGUCGCGAUCACGCUCGCGCUGA